AUGGAUAUAGAUGACGUCGCUUAUCAUAAAAAAAAUGCGAUUAAAGUUUUUUUUGCAUUAAAUGCGUUUCCCUCACAACAUUAUACAGGAAAGAAAUUCAAAGUUCUAUGAUUCCAUGCUUGACUGGUUAACCAGUUUUUUGUAUUGUUAUUUGCUUUCCCGUAUCUUUCACGUCAGGUUCCCUCAUGCUGUAUAUCGUUUCUUAGGAUAGUUAGGAGGGAGCUUGAGCAUUAUGUUUUGGAAGCUCUCGUUCUAUUUUCCUCUUUUGAAGUUUUCUUCAAUGGCUUCUUUCUAGGUUGAAUUCGCCGCAUACAUCAGCUGUGACAGUUGAGGUUCUCGGCCAUCAUCUGCAUUUUUCUCAGGUAACCAUUAGAAGAAGAAAGACGGUAUUAGACGCUUCCUUUGGUGAGAUACUCUAUAAAGGCUGAGAAUUCGAAUUGAAAUUUGAUCCUCCUUUCUAUGUUUUAGGUUUCUUUUUGUAUCAGAAAUUAAGAACAUUUUUUUCGCAUCACGUCAACAGUUAUAUCAAGGUUUACGUGAACGAGCCUAUGAUCAUUCAAGGACAUUUAUUGGUUGAAGAGAUGAUACGAUGCAUAUCAGGGAAACAUCUUGCAGAAAAUCCACUCGAACCUUUUUGUUAUGAUUGAUCUCUUUAUACGGUUCCAUCUUUUGAGGAAUUCUCUUUCAUUAAUGGUGAGUGCCUCUUUAGUGAGAAAUUCCUGAAAACUUUCUGCUCCAUAGCACAUCCUAGACUAUAGUAGGCAAUGCUAAGAAGUUUGCAGAAGAAAGUGACUUAAUCUACACGAUGAGAGUGGUUGAAUUCGCAAGAAGUUGUGAGACUAGAAUGUGUCACCACCCAGUAAAAUCUACCUGAGACUACUGACAAUUCAGUGUCCUCCUUCAACUUUGCAUGUUGUGGUAAAGAGUCCAAAUUUAUCCAGGAAGUAAAGAUCAUUUUGGCAGAAACUAACGUGGGAUGUGUGCGUGACAGGACCCAAACUCGAAGCAUCUUGGUACCACAGUAUGGGAUGCAUCCAUGGUGUUUGUCAAAUUCCUGGUAAUUAUCGGACUUUCCCUGGACUUUCCUGGUCAUGAUCUUUGGAUAUGUUCAAUUGUGAAACCUUGGUGCCCUUGUUUGUCUUAAUACACCCCUCGUUUCUUGUCGUUUUUUAUCUUUUUAGGCCAUGUAUGCAGGAGGACCCAGUAUGUCAGUGUAAAUUGAAAAAAAUGUGUUGACCACUAUGUAGCAUACAUUGAAAGACCAGUUGUUUCACCGAAGUCAAGGAAAGACUCUGUUUUUCACAUUAAUCAUUUUACAUAGUGCAUCAUAUGAUUCAGGAAAAGAAUCGAAGAAAGGGUCGAUUUUCCCCUUCCAAGCUGAAGGGGAAACGUGCUGUUGAACUUGGAGCUGGUUGUGGCCUCGCAGGUUUUGGUUAGUCCUAUACUAUGCUUAUGAAUACCAUUAGUGGUGAAUACUUUGAAGAACGUGUGCCUUGUAUACCGGCAUUUUUUAUUAAAUGUUAUGUAUUCUCAGGAAUGGCAUUGCUAGGAUGUGAUGUGGUUGCAACUGACCAAGUCGAGGUGUUACCUUUAUUGAUGAGGAAUGUUGAGCGUAAUAUAUCUCGGGUAAUGCAGGCAAAUACUGAUUCAGGUAUUAUUACAGAUUUUUCACUACCUAUGUGGUAGAACUAUUUUUGCAAUACAAAGAUUUAAUUUCUUCGAAAUUUGUAUCUCGAAAAUUCUCAGGAGCACAUAUAUUUGUACUUAAUUUCACACAGGGUAUCACGUAGAUUGGAUGUAUGGGCGACACAUUUUUUUAUAUGUAUCCACGUGUGAAUGUUGCUGCAUGCCAUGUCACAUUCUGCGAAUGGCGAUUUUUUUUUCGUUGGAGGAUUAAAUAUUUUGAAAGAGAAACCAAUGGAGAGAAUUCUGUGUUUGAAUCCAAAAUUUAUGAGCAGAGGGAAUUUCUUGUGGCACAUUCUAUCCAAUUAAAUAUUUAAUAUAUAUGUAUUAUAAAUGAUAAGAAGCUCCAUCUACAGUUCUGCGUAUUUUUCUUUCUCUACUGCUAAAUAUUUAGAUGGUAUGUUGCCUCUGUUGGUUAAGCUGUUGAGCUAAGUCUGUGGACAUAUUUCUUUCUCCUAUCUUUUAUUCUGUACAUUUUCAGAAUAUUUUGGUAGGCUGAGCACACUGUUAGAGAGUUCAUAUACGUUGCCUUGAAAACUGCCAAGCGUAAUGCAGUUUCUAUUUUUGUAGCUUCAAUCGGUUCUAUCCAGGUGGCGGAACUAGAUUGGGGGAAUGAGGAGCACGUCAAAGCAAUCGACCCACCUGUUGAUUUCAUCAUAGGCACCGAUAUUGUAAGUAAUUAUAUAAGGAUAAGUAUUGGAGCAUCUCAUUUAUCUAAAGAAGAAGAAAAAGCCACCUUCAUCUCCUACCUCCAGCCCGGGUUGACCGACACAAGUCAGAUCGGGCCUUCAAGAUUCCAAUCACCGAUUCAUAUUUUAAGUUUUGUUAUUUAUAGUAUGUAUUAUUCUGUUCAUAUACUUCCAUAACUGGUGGCGUGAAUGUCAACGAAGGUCUAUUCAGAGUCUCUUUUAGAUCCACUGCUGCGGACGAUCUUCGCCUUAUCAGGGGGGAGAACAACAAUUCUGGUCAGUACCACCAUCAACGACACCCUUCUUUGCUCUAGAUCACUCAUGGAUAAAUAAGAUUCUCGACUUCGCUCUCAUUCAGAUGUGCUCUGAGAUCCGCUCCACUUCAGUCCACGAGCAGAUGCUUCGCAUGUGGAACAGCAAUUUUGAGGUGACUACAGUCCCAAGAUCGAAGGCAAGUUUAUCAGAUAUGAAAAGUUAAGUAUUCAUAUGCCCUCUGAGCUCCACCCGAAUCCCCUAGCAAUGAUAUACUUCUUCCAUGCAGAUGGAUAGUAAGUACCAGCAUCCGAGCAUUCAGCUUCAUGUGAUGUCCAUGAAAUCUCGAUCUAGAUUCGAGGAAAACCUGGGCGGUUCGUGUGGAACACUAGUCAACCCCGAGAACCAUGGAGACUGUGGGCCAGGGGCAUGGAAGGAAGGUUCGGAAGUCGAGGGAUCUGCUGAUGCAGGGUUAGAAUUAGGGUUACAGUUGGAGGACGAGGACGACGACGGCGAUGAUGAUGAUAAUGGUGAGAGGAAGCUCGAUGACUGGGAAAGUAGGAGGUGUGGGUCUGCAGCUGCUAGGCUUCUUAGAGAUGUGAAGGCUUCUUAA